AUGGUGCGAGUUGCUUUGCAAAUUUGUGCUACAUUAGAAAAUGUAGGAGAACUAAAAACUAAUCAUCCAGAUUAUGCAUUUUUCCUUAAGCUGACUUGCACAAACUGCGGAGAGACAACGGAUAAGUGGCAUGAUAUUACUGAAUCAGAGAAAACGCAACAACAAGAUUCCUCCCGGAAUCCAGAAGGUUUCAAUUUCUGUAUGAAAUGCAAGAUGUGCGGUCGAGAGAAUACUAUCGAUGUUGUAGAAAAAUCGAAUGAUGUUUACACGGAAAAAGAUGCCGGCAAAUUCAAGACUAUUGUAGUGUUUGAUUGUCGCGGCGCAGAACCAAUAGAAUUCUCACCACGUACUGGUUGGAUUGUGCAAUCAGCUGACAAUGGCCAAGCAUUCGAAGAUGUCGAUCUUUCCGAGGAUGAUUGGGUUGAAUACGAUCAAAAGAAUCAAACCCCUGUGGGUAUAUAUGAAUUUGGCGCAAAAUUUAUCAAACUAAAAAAAUGAAUGCAAAAUAUACCUUCAGAGGACGAUUAAUUUUAAUAUUCAAUGACAUUUUCUUUUCAAGCCCAGUCGUAAUAGCAUAGUACAUAAAGUUGGCUAAUUUUAAGACGUAACUAAUGGGAAAUUGAAUUGGAGCUUAUACAAAUCUCUUCUAGGAUUGUCUGAAAUACCAGUGAAUAAAAAAAUAGUUGUAAUCUUUGCUUGUGGGGAUCAAGACUUGUCUCUACGAAGAUCAAACCUUUUUUUUACUUCUUAUAUGGGUUGAAAAAUCUUAUUGAGAACUAUUUCAAUGAGGAUUUUUUUCGAGCCCUUUGCAUAUUAUUUUGAUCAUUUCUUUCAAUUUCAUAGAGUGGCAAACUCUAUUGUGCCUGGCUGUCUUACAUGUAGCUAACCUGGAUAUAUUUAUUAAAAUUAGGGCGAAAUAUGUUAAGAAAUGAUAUCAUAAAAGCAUAUCUUUUUAUGUAAAUUGUAUGCAAAAUUUCGACCAUUACUUCGAAAUGACUGAUACCGUAUCCUUCAGACUGUAAGAGGCACCUUUUUACAUAAAAAUAUGGACUCAAAUUUUGGGUACGCCUUAUGGUCCAUAGGUAACAUUAAAAUAUUUUUUCAAUAAAUUGUCUCUAAAUUUGAAGUUUGAAAGGAGUCACAAUUAUAGCUUAGAUGAAAGCAAUACGAACGAUGACAUUAACGAGAGGAGUGAUAGUCCCGAGAAAAAAGUUUACUGAAUAUUGCUAGUACGAGUAAUGUUAACAGUAAAUAAAAAGGAAAGUAAAAAAUAUUUUUCUAAGUGUGCGCCUUAUCGUUCGGUGCGCAUUAUAGACCGAAGGAGACGGUAAACUAGAAACACCCAAAAACUUUAAUAUUUUUAACGGAAAGUCACAAGCACAUAACAAUAUGAGGAAUAUAUCAGACACGCUCACGCUUUUCACAUUUAUUCCUAUUUCGGUGUUAUUGUUUAUUUUCGUCCUUCCGUUUUCUGUGUUCAGUUUUAACUUUCCUUAGACUACUUGAGAUAAACGAAUAAUAUCUGCUUCUUAGGUUUUCUCUAAUGACUUUUAUACAGUGUAGUAUUCCCAUUUAUUAUAUAUGGAAAGUGGUUCUGUCUGUCCGUCUAUAAUCUGCCUUUUUAUGUUCUCAGUGCAGGCUGCAAUUUUUCAGACAUUUUGAUGGAAUUUGAUAUACAGACGUACUUUGGCCCCUAUAUGAGCGCUAUUGAAAAUAGUUCGGCUGGCUUAACUUUUGCGACAACUCCCUAUAUAACGCCCAAUUCUGAAAAGUCGUUAAAAUUAAAAAAAAUUGCAGAGUAGCAGUAUUUCUACCUCUCUCUCUUUUCUACC